AUGGAUGAUGCCGGAAAAUUUUGGGCUGAAUUGGAUAAUUUAUUAUCACAAGGAGAACAUAAUCAAGAUAUGGCACGAAAGUCCAUAGAUUUAUACAUUAAUGUUAUGGCAAAGUAUGAAGAUGAUUACCUGAAAACAGAAAUGGAUUUCAGAAAAUGUUGUUAUGCAUUAUUAGAUUCACGCACAUUUCAAAAGUUUUUAAAUAAAACUAUUGAACAUUUGAUCCAUCUUACAGUUAUGCAUAUUGACUUGAAAGAAUUGUGGGUGAUAUAUAACAUUUUGUUUCUUGCGGGCAAAGAAAAUUCAUUAAAUUUCAAAUUAAUAUCAAGUUUUAAAGAAAUGAAUUUUAUUUUCAAAUUAAAACAAAAUAUUUGUAAACUUGAAGAAGAAAAUACGAGAGAUGAAGAAGAUGAAACAUUUAACUAUUCGAUUAUUCAUCUUAUACUGUCAUUUAACGAGCAAUUCAUGGCUCACCAAGCAACUUAUCAGAAUUUCGAUGAUGAUUUGAAUCACAAUACAUUAUUAAGAGUAUUAUCGACGCGUUUUGGAACUAGCAAAACAUUUGGUGAGAACGUGAUAUUUAUGCUUAAUCGUGAAGUUGAACCUCAUAUUCAAAUGCUUAUAUUAAAAUUGUUGUAUAAUAUUUUCAAUGCACCUGAAACUUAUGAUUAUUUCUAUACGAAUGAUUUAUGUGUCUUGAUUGAUGUAUUCAUACGAGAAUUAUAUGAUUUACCUGAAGAAAGUGAAGCGCUUCGACAUUCAUAUCUUCGAGUACUUUAUCCACUUAUCACCAAUACACAAUUAUUUCAAAAUAAAUAUAAAAAACAUCAUAUAUAUAGUUUAUUGUUAGAUUUAAUUGGAUUUUCUACCAAACAAUUUAAACCUAUAUCUCCUACUACUCAAAGAUUAGUUGAUAGAUGUUUAUUGGCUGAAUAUUUUGAAGGAAUUUCUCAUACAAAAACUGAUAAUAAGAAUAAUAAGAAUUGUCUUCCCAUUACACCAAAUUCAAUUGCAUUUCCAAUUAAUACUAUUGAUACAACUAACGGAACUACGACUUCAACAACUACGGGAAAUAAUGGUGUAAAUCUACAAGGGAAAUUUCUUCGCGCGACAACAUUUUAG